AGCCGCUUCCGGUUGGAGACGUGGCUUACAUUUCUGCCAUAUUGAACCGCGGAGCAGCGCACUGCACGCAAAUAAGAGUUUUAUUUCUCUCCGCAUAGCAUUUAUACAACCACACAAACGGCGUUCAGAAGAUUAAAGACAGUAAACAUAUCAGAGGCUGAAAAUGGUGCUGUUGGCAGCAGCAGUCUGCACCAAGGCGGGUAAGGCCCUGGUGUCGCGGCAGUUUGUGGAGAUGACGCGGACGCGAGUCGAGGGUCUGCUGGCUGCUUUUCCCAAACUGAUGAACACCGGCAAACAGCACACAUUUGUGGAGACUGAGAGUGUGCGUUAUGUCUACCAGCCUCUGGAGAAGCUCUACAUGGUGUUGGUCACCACCAAGAACAGUAACAUACUGGAGGACUUGGAGACACUGCGUCUCUUCUCACGCGUGAUUCCUGAAUAUUGUCGUGUCCUGGAGGAGAGUGAGAUUUCAGAGCACUGCUUUGACCUCAUCUUCGCCUUCGAUGAGAUUGUUGCCCUCGGUUAUAGAGAAAAUGUCAACUUGGCCCAGAUCCGGACAUUUACAGAGAUGGACUCUCAUGAGGAAAAGGUGUUCCGUGCUGUCAGAGAGACUCAGGAGCGCGAGGCUAAAGCAGAGAUGAGACGAAAGGCUAAAGAGCUUCAGCAGAUACGACGUGAUGCCGAGCGUGGAAAGAAGGGACCGGGCUUUGGUGGUUUUGGCAGCUCGGGCAUGAGCAGCAGCAACACGGUCAUCAUCACAGACACACUAAUCGAGCCCGAGAAACCCAAACCCACCCCUGCACCUGUCAGGUCCAGUGGUCCAAGUAAAGCACUUAAACUGGUUGGCAAAGGUAAGGAGGUUGAUGACUUUGUGGACAAACUCAAGUCAGAAGGAGAGAAUGUCAUCUUACCCAGCACAGGAAAAAGACCAUCAGAGGCAUCCAAAUCUCUGCCUCCUCCAACCCACACAGAGAGUGUGCAUAUGCGAGUGGAGGAAAAGAUCACCCUCACAUGUGGCCGUGAUGGUGGCCUUCAAAACAUGGAAGUGAUUGGCAUGAUUACCCUCAAAGUGUCUGAUGAAAAGAAUGGGCGAAUUAGGCUGAAAGUCAGCAAUAACGACAAGAGGGGCGUGCAGUUGCAGACCCAUCCAAAUGUGGACAAAAAACUUUUCACAGCGGAGUCCGUGAUUGGUCUGAAAAACCCAGACAAAUCCUUCCCCCUGAAAAGUGACGUGGGUGUACUGAAGUGGAGGCUACAGACCACAGACGAAUCUCUUAUUCCACUAACAAUAAACUGCUGGCCCUCUGAGAGUGGUACUGGCUGUGAUGUAAACAUUGAGUACGAGCUACAGGAGGAAUCUCUGGAACUCAAUGAUGUAGUCAUCUCUAUCCCUGUACCGUCAGGGGUGGGAGCUCCUGUGAUUGGUGAUCUAGAUGGAGAAUAUCGCCAUGACAGCAGACGAAAUGUCCUGGAGUGGUGUCUACCCGUGAUUGAUGUGAAGAAUAAGACCGGUAGCCUGGAGUUCAGCAUACCUGGCCAGCCCAAUGACUUUUUCCCUGUCAGUGUCUCCUUUGUCUCCAAGGGCAGCUACUGUGACAUUCAGGUCACUAAGGUGUCUCAGGUGGACGGGGACAGCCCGGUUCGGUUCUCCACAGAGACGUCAUUUGUGGUUGACAAAUAUGAAAUACUGUAAAAGGAAACAUCACUAAUGAAAUUCCACCCCACUUGACAGAGGAGCAGAUAAAUGGACUAAAAAAACAUUCAUAUAAAUAAAAGAAGGGAGAGACAUAUAAAUGGAGGGACGAUGCAAUCUUUAUCAUCUUCAGCAGUACUUUAACAGGAAUUCCCCUUGUUUUUUGUUUUGGUUUUUCCCCCGAAAAAGAAAACCAAGUCAGUUUAGUCUUUGCUGACAAUAUUGGCUUCAAUUGUACCCAAUUUGGUUCACAAACCAACCUACUUUUUAAAGGCCAAACCAGUCAGCAAGGUUUGGGGCUAAAAUAGAGACUGUACCAGAAGGAGGGAGUAGGCUGGUGUCGCUUUAUUUAUUUAAAGCCAGCAUAGCAGUAUAUUUUUGAAUUGAUAGUUCAUAUACCUCCACUGUAAGGGUAAAAGUUGCUUGUGUCUUUUCUCUCAGUUUGUGGUUUUCUAAAGAUUUGUUUUCAAUGUGCUAAAUUAACUUUUUUUAAACACUAGAAGAUUAUUGUACCUUGCUUGCAAUAGCUCUUUCAUUCAUUUCAUAGUCCUUGUUUUGUCUCCUUUUGUCAUUCAGACUCCUUGUUUUGUCUAACGUAUAUAUUUUAUCUUUUGUUUACGUCUGCUGUUAACAUCUGACAUGUUUAAGAAGUCUUGGAUCUUUGUCGAUCUCUUGACUGGUUUGCUGUUUUCCUGUUUGACAUUAUGUUUUGGUGUAGUAAUGCCAGCCUUUAAGGAAAUAGAGCCUACAUUUUCAAGACUUUUGUUUAUCAUGGACAAAUGAAAAAAACAUUUAAAGCCAUUAACAACUUGUGUUACAGAGAGUUGAUUUCAUUCAUUGGAGAUGACAACAUUGCAAUCAGCAAAAUGUGUUGCUUCAAAAAUGUGAGCUCAGUCUGUCUGCUUUAUAUCAUGUUUUCUAUUGAAAGCAAAAAACUCUGGCUUGGACUUUUGAUACUAUUAGAAGGCAACCUGCUCGCCAGCAUCUAAAAUGUGUUGUUUGUAGAUAAAGCCCUUCGGUGGAGGAUCGGGAUCAUGUCUGUCUCUUGACUGUCUGUGAUUGUGAGUAGGUUUUCAGGGAGGGACCUCAGGUCUCCUAUCAGCAUUAUGAGUGGUUCCCAGCCUGCCGAGCCAUCAUCCCAAACUUCAGUCUCAACCCCACGUGGCCCCCGCUGAAGAAAAGAGGUCUCCUUUGCUGUCUUGGUUCCCAGUAAUGCCUUGAAUGUCUCUGCAUAUUUUGAUGAGGGGAAGGGCAUAUUAAAUGUUUUUGUUUAUCUUUUU